GGGAACCGGAAUAAUCGUCAGUUAACAUGAUUUCAAAAGUUAAUAUUUGGGUUGGAGGCUACCACAGCGGCUUGAUUUAAAUUUUAUGAAAUCCGAUUAUUAGGGUGUGUUUCUCAUCAUGCGGUCUGAUAAACGAAGUGAAUCGUUUACAUUUCACACAACUGAUUUGGAUAUAAGAACACAAGUUGAACAUGGAGCAACUAAAGCAACACGCCGGCGUCUUCAAGAUCGGUUUGACAAUGAAUGCCAAUGUACGUUAAAGUCAACCAAACAACGUAUCGAGACGGCACAGAGGAGGUGGACAAAUUUGAAUUUCUCUUCAGUGUCUCUGCCACCCAUUCAUCCACACCGAUUUCUGCGUUCCGGAGCAGAUAAGUUAUCCAAAACUUUGAAUAAUGUGCGUACAACGUUUGGCGCAUUUUCGCAAAAAUUUCGCAGCUCAACAAGGCGCCGCCAUCGUCUGAAGAAUGAAUCACCACAUUCUCCAGUGACUCCACAAUCUCGAUCUCGGCAUCUUUUGGGUCGUACUCCAAUCAAACUGUACAGCCCCUUCGGAAUUGAGUCUCCCUGUCAAAGGAAUGUACGAAGUGGUGGCAACAGAGAUAAGGAGAAUGAAACAAUUGCUGGCAGACACACUUAUCAACGAAGGAAUGUCAUCUGUUCAAGCUGUUACAGAUCAAGGGGAUCUGGACCUAGCCAUCAGACUAGUGUGCAUGAUGGCACUCAACAAGUUUCAGUCUAUAGCCCACAACAGAAAUUUGAUUCAGAUUUGGAAGAAGCUCGUAUUGGUAUCUGGGAGCUCAACCAGACUGCUAAUAAUAUUGCGAGGCACAAUUUGAGGCACUGAAUCACAUGUGCACAAACAGCAAUAUAUUUCAGUCACUUUGAUUUUGUUAUGUAAGUUUACUAUAUCUGCUUUCUUAUGCCAGUUAGCUACAAUGAUGCAUAUGUCAUCAUAUUAUCAACAGAAGCCAUUGAUUUUAUAGUGAUCUACACUAGACAAUGGCUACUGCUUUCAUUUAACUUAUGUUUACUUGAAAGAUUUAAAAGAGAAGAAACCGUGAAGUUGCAUGUUAGAUAUAUUUAAGGAAAAUAUAUGCUGAUAGACAAGUGACAAUUUGUGAAUGCUUAAUAUCUUCACUGUACAUGUAUGUUGUUUCCGUAAAUGAUUAUUACUACUUGAUAUGUAAGUUUAAAGAUAGUGUUGUUGAUUUGGAAAGUGUUUCUGAAGUAGCCCAUGGUUAAAUGCUACCGGCAAAGCUUUACUCAGUCUAGCGACAUGUUUAUCUUAUUUUUGCCAUAACCCUUUCACUGUUUUGUGCAUAAAUACUUUUGGAGAUAUUUAUAGAUUACCUGUGGUAAAAGACAGAAGUGUGUCUUAAUCCCUGAUUUUGGUACCACACAUAGCCAGAUAAAAUUGGCCAGAAGGUAAAUGUGUUCCUGUGUAUUUAAUUGAGAAUGCGUGAAGCUUUACCUCUAUAUUUCCUACACAGCUUCAUGUGUGAUAAUUAAGCACAGAGGUCUCUUUUUGGGUAUUACAUAGGUAAUGCACUUUUGCCACCUGGAAAAGCAUUCUGCAUUAUGGAUGUGACUGUUCUGUCAGAGUGCUGUAACAUAUUCUGACAAAUUCUUCGGGAAAUGACAUAGUUUAAGAAAAAUAUCUUAGAUAUACAGAUAGUUAAAGGCACAUAAAUAAUACAUUUGUAUGUGCAGAGAAAUUCACUGUAUUGUCUCCAGAUUCUUGUCAUGUCAUUAAUGCUGGAUAACAUAUAGUUACCUCACAUUUAUCUUAACAAACAAUGAGAGGGUUAAAUAUUGGGCAGCCAAAGAAUUAAGAAACUAAGUGAUGUGCUUAGUAAUCACUAAACAGGUCAGUCAAAAGUCUGAUAAUUAAACCCAUUGUUACCAAAAAUUUGUAGCUGAUAUAACAGCAAGUAUUAAUAGACUAUACUUAAUACAUUUUGAGUACAAAAAUAAAAUUUUCAACAAAGAACUAACAUGUACAAAGGGAGACAGAAUCCUGAAGCCUACAUUUAUGUUAAGGUAGCCAGUUGAUGGAGUGCUGCAUGCCAGACUGAUUGAUUAUGAUUAGCAGAAGACAGCCCCCCCCAAUUCUCUUUCAUGCAUACACAUACAAAAUGAUGGAAGUUAUACUUUUCCUGUCAUCUUCCUUUGACAAAGCCUGGUCUCAGGUAUUUAUAUAGCUGAAGUUAUAUUGACAUGGGCUGUCCAGUGAUUGAAAGUUAACUCUUUCUAAUGGACCCAACAGAGUAGGUGUCUCCUCCCUCACCUGAGGACAGAACCAUAUCCAGUUUCCAAGAUGUCAUGUUCUCUAUUUUUUUGUAACACCAUACAAUGUACAGAGUUCGAAAACCCAGUAAUUCUGAGGGCUAAAUCUGCUGUUGAGCAUAAUCCUGAGGACACUACAUCCAUCUCCCAUUCCUAAAGUCUGCUUCUCUAAUAUCUGUCCGAUUGCUGUGUUCUGGCAUUCUCAAUAUCAUAUCCACAUAAAACAAAAAUGUAGCCAAGUUUGCUGUCAUUAUUUCAUAGAGUAUGCAAAUUUAACAGCUGCUGAUGUUCUUAAUGUAGAUGGAAGUGGUUUGAUCAAAGGACAGACCCACUCCAGUUAAUGUUAUCUACUACAAAUUCCCAUAUGUAUUCCAUGAUAUGCUUGUUUUGUAAUAUAUUGUAUUUACAUGUGUUUUUAGUUAGGAAUAAAGUUCAACUUUCAGAACUAUGCAAGUAGCUUUAGUGCAGCUUUUCAAGAUACUUUAGUCUUGUCAUGAAUUGUGUAUGCAGGGGUUCUCAGAUUGUGUGAUACCAUGAGCCUCUAAAAUUUACACAAUCCCCAUCUCUCUUUGUCAGUGAAAAGUGCAGGUCCCUAUCAGGCUACAUUGACAACAGGAACCUAAAUAACUUUACAGCCUCACUGCCCAUACAGCAAGCUAUGAAAUGUUCCUGCACAGUCUGGAAAGAAAUGUUUCAGGGGCUGCAGCUGUAUUUUCCAGAAGCAUCUAUGAUAAAUUUAACUGACUUGCCAAAACUGUGUGGAUGUAGCUAUAUUUUAAAUAAUUCUUUGAGAAUUUGGCAGCUCCCCCAUAUAGCUAGUGACCCACAGUUUGAGAGACCAUGGUGUAGCGCAUUUGACAGAGUAAGCGUUUAUAAUUUUGAUACAUAUUAUACAGAAUUCCUAGACAAGUUUGAAUUAGUAUUUUUAUAGAGUCUUAAGAGUAUUUUUUUUUAUUUUGUGUAUUUAGAAGGGUGUAUCAGAUGAACUCAUUGUCAGUAAGUUCCAGGAAAGAAUAUGUUGAUGUGGACUUAGCAUAUUGCCAGUAACUUAGUAUAUAUAUUGUGCAGAAGUUGCAAGAGGUAAUGUAAUAUCAGUGCACUAAUUCUGACAUAUUUGAACUUGAAGGUAAUGAGAUUGAGGCUUUUAGACAAUUUUACACCAAAUAAUAUUGCUGAAAUUUAAUCAUAUGCAGCAAAUAUGGUUGAUUCGUUAAUGUGUGCGUUAUGUUUCUUUAGUGUGUAAGCAGUAAUUUAAUUCACAAAUUUGUAUGUGCUGAUCUCUUCCUCACAAGUAUUUCUUUUACAACAAAAUUUUGCAUACUGCUGUAGACAUCCCAGAUGUGAGUUGGAGUUUGGUAGGUGUGAACCACCCUUCAGAUUACAAGUGAUUGCUUGUUUGGUUCUUUGCUAACAAUUUGUUUACCUAUGUCAUUGUUUGCAUUCCACUCCCCCCCCCAUUGUUUUUCAGUUUCUUUGUAACACGUUUUCUUGUGACAUACAUAUUUAAUCAGUUUUUUGGUCUUAGUGGAUGCUUUAUGUGGUCGAAGUUUGCAAGUCGAGGGCAGUAAUAAAGGAGGUGUGUGUGUGCAGUUUAUGUUACCAUUAUUCUAAAAAUAUCCAUUAUAUGCUGAUCCUACCUCUCGCUUAAUAAUGUUAUUGGUUUUUGUUACUGAAAUUUUAGUCAAAAUAGCCAAUUAAACCAUGUACCAGAAUCCAGUCCCCAUAUGCCUUCAUGGAAUAGUGCUUAAUUAGUUAGGCACAGGGAUAACUUUUCCUUGUCUUUUUACCAGAAUUAUGUACUUUGCUUUCUCAUGGUAGUGCUAUGUAGCAAUUUGGUACUUCAUUUUAGUCCUCAGCUUUCUAGGAUAUUCUUUUGUUUAUAGCAGUUUUCUGUCAGUAGAUUCUGAAUACCUGUAUGGUCGGACGUGGAAUCAAGUCUAAAGAGAGAACAUAUUUUUGUGUUAUAUCCAUAUUUAAUACAUAUUUAAAAGCAUAAGAAAGUGAUUACAGGUGACCUCUGACAUGACAGGCAAACUUAUGACCCCCCCAUGUUUAUGACUAUUUUUGCACGCCAUAUUUACUCAGAUAAUACCCCAACUUAUGUCUGCUUCUCGCAUUUAUCACCACCUGCAAUGAACUGUCACUUUCUUCUUUUGUCCAACAAACCUCCCUCUCCACAAAGUACAAAUUAUCUAAUAAGAGAGAAUUGAACUUUUGUGAUAUGAAUUUUUAAAAUGUAUUUUGAUUCUUUUUGUACUGAAUGUGUCUUAGUUGGCACUAAACUUCGCCGACAAGCCGCAGUUGCUCAGUCAGUGUAUUUUGCUUUCAGACUAAAAUCACAUAGUUCUUUUUUUCUUUUCAUUUAUUAAUAAAUGUCUGUAAAGACAUGUAAUUAUUGUUUUACUUAGUUUUCCUCCAUUUUAUUAGUCAGUUUUCAUAAUAUUGGGACAUUAAAUGGAUUUCCAGGAACUUAACUGCAAUUUAUAACAUUGCUCUUGCAGGGAAUAAGGUUUGACUUAUGAUGGCUCUCCACAAACCAGUUAGGUUGUAAAUGUGAGGAUCACUUGUAUACACUCCUCUCCAAGCACAAAUCUAAAAUCAGGUCAAGUUAUGCUACAGAUAGGCUUAAAGUAAUCUGUAAUGAGUAUAUAAACAACAAUCAUUAUAUAAGUUACUGUGGGAUGUGCUCAGUAUCGAUCUCAUUUGCAUUUACUUGAUUAGCCAUUAUAAGAUUGUGGUGGUACUGCUUACAUAUCAUUAAGAUAUCAGUAAGAAUGAGACUGUAUAUCAGUCUUCAAAACAUGUGUGAUCAGAAAUUUUACCAGUCGUAUAUAUUUAGUGGUAAAGUAGUACUGAAUACAGAAAUCAGAGAUGUUGAACAUUUACAAUUGAAUAUUAUGUUCUGUUUCCAAUGUUUUACUACAGUCAUAAACAGUGAUUACUGUAACUAAGAAAAUAAAUAUCAAUGGGUUUUCUAAUUUAUAUCUUUGACUUUCCAGUAUAUUCAGAAGCUUAGAUCAUAUUAAGCUGGCCAUAAGGGCUACUGUACAAUUUCUCAUUUUGCUAAAUUGUGAAUACCUAGUUGUAAUAGUUUUUAUAAUCAGGGAAUUGCCUGAUCUAACCUCAGACAAGCUGAUAUGUUUCAUUGCUCAUAAAUAAAAUGUCCCAACAAAAUUCAUGGGUAUUCCCCCUGCAAGGAGUGAAGGGGACAAAAUCUUGUCAUUUAAUGGUAAAGUACAUUUAAAAUUUAUACCUUUAUCAAUACUUUAUUCCCACUUCGAGAAUGGUCUUUGUAAAACUGGCAUGUUUAUCAUAGCAAAUAUACAUACAUAAAACAAUAUUCCAGUUGUGACUGAAUAACAUCCAUGUUGCUCCCAGCCCAGAAAUGAAUGCAGCACCAAGUGCGUACUGUAGAGUUUAGGAAUUUGAAAACAAACAAUAUUUGUUGACUGUGUAACUAACUGCUGGUUGAACAGCAUCUCUGUUGGUUGUGUAGAAAUGUAGGUACUCUGUCACAGGUUCAAAAUCUCAGGUUCUUUCUCUUGCAGGCAGCCAAAUUUAGCUUCAGUCAUGGAAAUAAUAUUUAAAGAAAUAAAUAAAAACAAGAAAGUGAAGACUUUCAAAUAGUGACUUCAGGGUUAUCCAAAACAUUUAUUGAUUCAACUCUUGAACUUACUGCGCCAUAGCUCAAGCAGUUAGUCGCUGGCUUCCCAUCACAGCGGCCCAGGUUCGAUCCCGUGUCUG